GAACCAAAUAACUGUCAACGACGGAGACCAUGUCAAAAAAUCGCUGGAAAAAUAAUUAAGAGAGCGUACUAAACACAGCGUUGUUUACAAUCCAUCGCCGACAGAAGGGUACUUGAAUAUCUGUUGUCCUGAUUUGGCAGUGGUUAGGACAGUACUGCCUUAUAUGUCGAGUGGUUGAAGGCGGUUCGACUCUCCUCUCUGCCUGCGACACCCUCUGCGAUUGCUGAUACACGAUGUUUGAUCGACUCAAGUUUUCUAAAAGAGGACACUCUCCUGCGCCUCCCGGUGGCCCAUCGCGACCCUCGACCUCUGUUCGCGACCUCCAGAUCACUACUGCUCCAACUGAAAGUGAUGCAACAUCUAGAACGGAUCACGGUGGAUCUGAUAGAUCCCGUCUUAAGCCUCUUACUACUACUGGCGGUAGUUCUCGAGGCCGGGGGCAGCGGUGGUCUGUUCGGCACACUAUAGCCAAGCUGUUGAGCAGAAGUCCCAGUCCCGAUCCCACUCAUGUCGACCAAUCAAAGUCCUCCGAUCCCAGACAAUCUGACCCCUCUAUGCCCGACCCAUCCCCUAAUCUAUCGCCAUUUCCCGUUCUCCCUGAGGGGGCCAUUGAUAUCUCUCACAUGAUACCCAGCGCGCGCAUCAUCCGUGCCAACACUGGGACUCCCCACCCACCACUAGGACGCACAGGUGUGAACUUGGAUACGCCAUCGUCAAUGGAUCGAACACCAUCAUCUUCAGCCGUCCCUGCUGGUGACGGAAAGAAAACAAUCAUCGCCGCCACAAAGCUCGUCCUUCAAACCGCCGCCUCUGCCCUUAAGUUAGCCCCCAUUCCAAAUCUCGACCAAACACCAAAUAUACUCCUAUCGUGGCUCCAAGUUUAUGAGACCUUCGACAACAAUGACGAAAAUCUUAAGGGAUUAGACGAUGAAGUUCGAAGCGCUCACGAAACCAUCUUUAGGCCUCUACAGUUAUGGACUGGCCAGGUUCCUCCUGAAAUCCGCGAGCUAAUUCAACAAUUUAACUUGGCCUUAAGACAGCAAUUGAUGCAAAUCGAAGCACUCAAACGUCAAAAGCUCGCCAAGAGGGUAAUCCUAGCGACUGAAAUAUCUCAGGAGAUAAGCGCUGUGAAGUCCUGUAUAUGUGAUGCUGUCUCCCGUUUCACGGUUUGUUUUGUCAGUGUUCAGACUAUACAUUAACUGACUGGGCGUGCACCGUAGACUGCGGCAACAACUCUGAAUCUCUUCCACACAAUCCGGUUAUCGAUAGACUAUGAACUCUCGAAACUCUACAAAGCAAACGCGGAAUACUCUGCCGUGGAAAGC